AUGUUGUCCGAAGCUGCGCUUCGUCGACCUCCUUCCGCCAUCCGUUCGCUCUUUCCAGCAGAACUGAUUCCAGGCAUGUUAUCCUUCCUAGCCGGCAAACCCAACCCUUCCACUUUUCCCAUCGAUGCCAUCUCCAUCAACGUCAAGCCCACACCUGGGGCGCCCGAGCAAUCCACGCAGCAAAUUUCUGUCAGCGGAAAGGACUUGGAAGCGGGAAUGAAUUAUGGUCCGACAGCGGGUAUCAAGGGUCUGAACGAUUGGCUCGUCGCUUUUCAGACCCGCAUUCAUGGCAGAGAGAUGGUGCAAGAGCAGGCGCACGGCAAAGUCAAGUGGCGCGUGACUGUCGGAAACGGCUCGCAAGAUCUGCUCACCAAGACCUUCACAGCGCUCGUCAACCCGGGCGACUCCAUCCUGGUCGAGAGCCCAGUCUACACCGGUAUCCUACCACAAUUGACUGUGGCUCAGGCCUUCAUGGCCCCGGUCCAGUCAGACGCUGAAGGCAUGUGCCCAAAGUCUCUGCUCUCAGUCUUGUCCAACUGGCACACCGACGAGAAGACAAAGUCUCAUCCUUUUCCAAAGUUCGUCUACACGGUACCCACUGGAGCGAAUCCAGCGGGCACAACUGCCUCGGAGCAGCGCAAGAGGGACGUGCUCUCUGUGGUAAGACGAUUCAAUGUCUUGUUGUUGGAGGAUGAUCCGUACAUUUUCCUCAGCUUUGAAGGUCUGGGCCAGGACCCAGUCACGCGCAAAAGGGUCAGGAGCUACUGGGAUUUGGAACGGGACGAAAGGGACGAAAGCGAUGCGCUGGGCGAUGGCUUCGUCGUGCGCUUCGACAGCUUCUCAAAGAUCAUCGGCGGAGGUCUUAGAUUAGGCUUCAUGACGGGUCCCGAGGCACUGAUAGACGCAGUCGACCUCGACUCUUCGUCUGCGAACUUGCAACCUUCAGGAUUAGCGCAAGCGGUGAUUUACAGGCUUUUGCAGCAUUGGGGCCCUGAAGGCUUGUUGCGUCACGUGGACUCCGUAGCAUCCUUCUACGAAGCUCGUAGAGAUGCUUUCGAAAGGCAUGCUCAGAACAUUCUGGGCACUGCAGGUGGCAAGGUGGCCGUGGCGGAGUGGGUCACACCAGUAGCUGGCAUGUUCCUCUGGUUGAAGCUUAAAUUGCCGCCUAGCGCAGCUUCUGUUCAGGCUGGCAAGCCGGAUCAAGGAGACAGCUUUGCGCUCAUCACUGAGAAAGCAAGGGCAAAGGGCAUCCUGGCAGUGCCUGGGAUCGCUUUCUUGCCAGGAUCGGACGCUGAUACGCCCACGCCAUACGUGCGCGUCAGCUUCUCCAUUCUCGAGGAGGAAUACUUUGCAGAGGCAUUGCAAAGGUUGAGAGCCGUGGUGGAGGAGGCUCAGGACGAGUCCAAGUAG